AGUUACAGGGGUUCACGAAGACAUUUUCCAGUGACUCUUAACCGACAAUACGGAAAGAAAAGAAUUUUUUAUUUCUGUUUUUUAAAUUGUUUGAGUUCGAAAUUUUUAAUGUCCAUAACUUUUAACAAGUUGCAAUUUCCAACUCAAAUGGGAAUCGACAUUGGUUUGAACGUACUGCACCAUCUAUCGGCGUUUAAAUGAAGUAUUCUUCUGAAGUUGAAAUUAUUCCUAACAAAAGAUUCAUAUAUAACGCUUCUUUUACCGUCUGAAUAAAUACAAUCUUCAUUUAUAACUAAUUGAUAAUUGAAUUCAUGAUAAGAGUACAGCAAUUGUCUGUUGAUACACUGAUCUUUAAUCAUACCAGAUAUACUCUUUGACUUAUACUUUAAUUUGGAAGAGUUGGUAGUAAUAACUUUUGUUAUAGACAUUCUGUACUUUUCGAGUUUUCGCAAGGGACUGUGAUCGCAAAUAAUUCAUUUCGUGAAUAUUUGACUUGCUUUUGAGGUAGCAUGGCAUCGAAAGGGCAGCAAAUACAAGAGAUUGACUUAUCAAAACUGAAUCUUCAACAGCUUACUCACAUUAAACAACAAUUAGAUCAG